AUAUAUGUAUAUACUUUUGAUUUGAAUAAAUUCUUGCCUGGUAAAUGGGCUGCACCUCCUGAAGCACCUAACCGAAGAAUUGGUACCCUUCAAUAUGGAAUUGUUGGAAAAAGUACUUUUCCAGAUGUAAAAAAUUAUGGAGCAGAUUAUGAAGAAAUGUUUCAAUUAAGUCCUGAGCAACGUGGUAUCAUUACAGGCUUAAACAUUCACCAUUCUGAUAUCGUGCAUGGUUUAACGGUUAAAUACAAAGGUCAUCCUGUGUCCACUGCAGGGGAUGUAAAAGGUGGAAAUGCAUCAACUAUUCGAGGUCUUAAUGAAAAUCUUUAUAUUACUUCGGUAGAAGUUUACUUUUCUGAUCGUAUCAUUAGUGGUAUUCAAUUCUUUUUCAAUAGUACUCCAAACUCUGAUAUUCUUAAAAGUGAUUUAAAUGUAAAUAGUUCAGAAAUUUUUGGAAGUGACUUAAAUGCACAAAGAUUCGUUAGUGAGCCUCCUCAUGGUUUCAAAUUG